GAAUGGUUAAUAACGCAUGAAGUUUACUUUUCCAUAGACAAGUGGCUGAUGGGUUGUUUCCUUUAGGUAGAUUCAUGCACAAAAGGCUUGCACAUUCUUGGUCUCCUUUUUUAACUUUUUGUUACCAGUUAUAGGAAAACCAUGAGUUCCACUUGUAACAAGUUGAGACAGAGAGGCAGGACUCUUGCAAACAAACCAAUGAAUGAGGUUAAUGCACAAGGAGAAAUCUUCAAAAUUAAGGGUAAUACAACUUUUGUGAUGAACUAUGCACGUUGGCUGGAAGAACAUAACAAGCUUAUUUCUGAGAUACAGAGUGGUUUAAAUGAUCAUAAACACCUUAUUGGUGAUGACAAGCUGCUGUUUCUUAAAGACAGAAUCAUGAAGCAUUAUUUUGAACUGUUUGAGAUGAAAACAAGUGCUACAAAUGUAGAAUUCUUCAAGUAUGGCGAUUUGUGGCGGACUGGAGGAGGCUUUCGCCCUUCUGAACUUCUUCAGGUUAUUCUACCUAGACUUCAACAUUCUUGGACCGAGGAACAACUUUCUGAUAUUUCUAAUCUUGGAUAUACAUGUCAACAAGCUGAAGAAGCCCUUGCACAAGGCAUGGAAAAACUCCAGGAAACCCUUGAUAAAGCCACAGAAGCAGGUGACAAAGGAUUUCAGGUGACAUGUGUCUCUCAAAAACUGUGCUUCUUAAAGCAGGCUGAUCUUCUUCGCCAGGAAUUCUUGCGUCAAUUUUCUCGUCUCCUUACAAUUUCUCAGCAAGCUGAAUUCUUACUUGCCUUGGGGGAACAACUGCAUGAGCAUAACCCACCAUGUCAAAGCUCACUUUGAGCAUAUUCUGAAACAAUACUAUAGUUACAAUAUUGGGAAAAGUCACCCACUUUUUCUUAUUGGUUGAAACUCAUGAUCACUAAAUUACAUUUGGUCGAUCUCAUUUGAAUUUGGUGGAUCCCACCUCAAUUUCGUGGGAUUCACGUGAAUUUCAACUAAUAGAAAAAAGUGUCUGAAAAUGUGUUGCUAGUCCAUUAUAAUAUCAAUAAAGUUUGCAUCUGAUAUCAAUAUGUAUCCUCCCCAGCUUAUAUAUUUGUAACUUUGCUAAGAUUUUUCUUUUUAGUCAAGACUAUGCAUAAGUGAUAUGUGUGUAAUAUUUGCCAAGAUUGAGGUUUGCUUACUGCAUUGACAGUACAAUUUUUGGCUUGA